AUGUCCUUCCCAUUCACCCCCGACAGCGACUUCCUCGACACCCCCCGCCCCCAAAACUCCCAGCUGGCCAUCUCCGCCCUGGCCCGCUUCGAGUUCGAAGCCGGCAAAGCCAACGAUGGCACCAAAAUCCUCAUGAUCGAAUGGCACGACGACGACCUCCCCAUCCAGCCGUCCACCGCCGGCCCCGGCUCCUGGCACGUCUCCUGGGAGGGCAAACAGGCCGUUCUACCGGCCGACGAACGCACCAGCGACAACACCCGACGCGUCUACUUUCUCCUCCCGCCGCACGCCACCAUCCCGCCUGUCGUCACCCUCUCCUACGCCGCCCAUCCUACAGACACCCCCAAGACAACGAAACCGACCUCGACGACGACAGACAACGCCAUCCAGCUCAACCCCCUCCCCGCCAUCUUCCCCCCGGAGCUGGGGGCGACCGGCCGCGCCGCCGGGAAGAAGGGCGUGCUGCACACCAUCUGGGCCAAGAAGCGGCUGCAGAGCCUGGAGCAGGAGAUCCGCGAGGAGUGUCGGCAUAACGUCGAGGGCAUCGCCCUGCACAUGGCUCUGCAGGAGAAGGAGUGGAUCGAGACGAAUUUCGGCCUCGACAAUAACAGCAACUCCAACAAUGCGGCCCCGGUGCACGACCCGAGCUACCCCAUGGGCCCGGCCACGCCCGUCUCGCCCACCAGCGGCGGGAAGCUCGGCGAGAAGCUGAAGGGGUUGAAGUUGCAGACGGGGUUGUCGACUGAAGGGCAAUCGCAUUUCCUCUCCCCUCAGUCCCCCGACAUGGCCGUCUCCUCGUUCACCUCGUUCCACCGGGUCGUCGCGCCCCCCGCCGCGCAGAAUGACACUCCCGACCAGGUGCGCACCGUCGCGCACUAUCCCCCGCAGGCGCUGCAGGCGCAGCAGGAGACGGCGCAGGCGGGCAGCGGGUUCGCGUCGAUGAGCGGCAUGGCGCGCACGUCGAGCGCCGACUCGGGCGAGGAGCUAUUCGCCAAGGCGUUGAGUCCGCGGUCGCCGGAUCUGCCGCGGAGUCCGUUCUCGUUUGCGCCGGAGGCGUUGAAGUAG